AUGGACAACUUGCACGCGCAGACCACGGACGAGUUCAAGGAGUAUCUUGCGAAGCACUGCAACACUCUCGCCUGGUAUGGCCCUUCGGAGUGCACGGACGAGGUGCAGCCAGUUGAUGCAGGAGCCGGACGAUUUCUCAAGGUGGAAGUCGGGAGGCAGAUGGACAUAUGGCUCGAGCAGUCGGACAACCUCGAGAGGUGGGAAACCGCGUCGCUGACAGCUUCUGAUCGGCGCGUCCUGAUCACUCAGUGGAUGGGAGCGGCCAUGGCAAGACUCAACAGCCAACAGGCGUACCGAUACCGUCUUUUCGAAAAGUGCGGGAUGGCCAUGACCGUGGCCGGCUCGGGCGAUGAUCGAAUCACCUUGGAGGGUUUGGAAAAGCCGUAUACCUUCGCUAACGAUGAAGACAGUAGCGACGACGAACAAGGUUCGGAGGACGGCAACGAUGAGCCUGAGGGGCGGGCGGAGGAGGGCGAUGGAGGACGUGAGACGCUCAUGGAGGGCGUUGACUCCAGCGAUGAAGACGACGGCGGUUGAGUUUGGCGACGUGACACCCUAACUAACUUCUUGUGUUUCCCGUUGCCUCGUUCGCAGACAUCUCUCAACCCCAGACCG